UCCAUGGCGAGCUGGGUGCUGUGCAUGACCCUGGUGCUGGCAGCACUGGCAGGGGCGCUGGGCGAGACCCACUAUGAGAAGUUCCUGCGGCAGCACGUGGACAACCCCCGGACGCCCACGCUGGCGGCGCAUCGCUACUGCGAGACCAUGCUGGCGCGGCGGCAGGUGACGGCCCCGGGCAGGCCCUGCAAGCCCUCCAACACCUUCGUACACGCCCCAGCCGCGGACCUGGUGGCCGCCUGCUCCCAGGCGCCCGACCCCGCCACGGGGUUCCACAGCACCCCGAGCGCCAUGAGCCUCACGGCCUGCCGCCUGCGCGGCGGGAACACGCGGCCGCCCUGCGCCUACCGCGCCCGGCAGCUGCAGCACCACGUGCGCGUGGCCUGCCGCGACGGGCUGCCCGUGCACCUGGCGGGCACCUCCGCCGGCCCACAGUGAGGCCUGGCACGGCGGUGCUGGGCACCGAUCCUCCCUCCCACC